AUGUGCAUCACCGGCACAGCAGCCGCCGCCGCCGGCGCCCCAAACGUCCCCUUGAUUGUGGAGGCCGUCGCCGGCGGCGCAGCCGCGCUGGCCGACGCCAGGGACGCGGGUGACGGCGGCGCCGCUGCCGCCGCCGCGCUGCCGGCGGCGGCCGCGACUGCGGCCGCGAGGCUCCAGCUGCUGUUUGAGCUCCUUGAUGCGCCGCUGCCACCAGAGCGCAUCCGCCGCCAAGCAGCCGCCAGUGCCCCGAACGGGGACGCCCGCGGCGUGGCCGGGACGAAGCCGCUGGCGCUGGCGCUGGCGCUGCCGGUGGGCGUGUCUGACGACGUCGUGCCCUUGCCGACGCUGCCUGGUGCGGAGGGGGUCCCCGUGUGCGUUGGAGAGCACGGGCUAGGGGCGGACGGGCCGUUGACAGAAAUUGGGGACCCCUGGGACGGGAACGCCGACUGGACCACGGCCGCUGCCGCUACAGCUGUCGCCACCCCAGGCUGUUGGUCGGGCGCGGCUGCCGCGGCAGCUGCAGGGUGCUCAGCGGCUUCGCAGCCGGGGUUUGAGAGCCGCGCGGGGGACGCCGCGCCUCGGGCAGCGGCCUCUUGCAGCGAGCGGCUCAGCACCGGCGCAGCGCGCACGGGCAACGCGGCGCGCGCGGACGGCUGCGGCGGCGGCAGCGGCACCGUCUCCGGCACGGACCACGCCUCGCCGCCGCCACCGCCGCCGGAGGACGGCCGCCGCGGGCCGGCCGAGCCCGUGGGCGACAGCGCGCGCUGCGCAGCGCCUGCGACACGCUCGCUGCCGCCGCCGCUACCGCCGCCGCUGCCGCCGCCGAACGAGGACGUCCGAACAAGGCCCGACGGCCCAGGCAGCUGCCGCGCGCCCGCGGCCCCCAACUCAACCCCGCCCGGCGAGCGCUGCCGGAAUGAAUAG